AUGGAGCUAGGAAGGGUAAUCACUAUUUCUGAAUUGAAGAAAUCCCUAACUCCUGAACCACCUGACCUUCAAGAUUUGGGAGACAGGGUGAAAGUUGUAGAGUUGGCUUCCAUUGGAAGUAUUGAACCUUAUCAGACAAUUUCCAAAUCUGCCAGGAAAAGAUGGAGGAAACAAGCUAGGGAACAGAUUUUUGUGUGUUGGAAUCCUAAUGUGAUGCAUAUCCAAGUAUUAGAUCAAUCUGACCAAUUUAUGCAUUGUGAGGUUCAGUCUAAAUGUGGAGGGACACCCUUUUUUGCAAUCUUUGUGUAUGGAGCUAACCGCCAUGUGGAUAGGCAGGCAUUAUGGUCUAGCCUCCACCAACUUAGCACUUCAUCCCCUUGGAUGGUCCUAGGGGACUUUAAUGCCAUUAGGUUCCCUAAUGAGAAGAUUGGGGGUCAUACUAGCUGGCCCUCUCAUAUGGAUGAGUUCAAUCAGUGUCUGUAUGCAUUAGAACUGGAUGAUCUUAGGUAUACUGGGUGUUUUUUAACUUGGGCCAACAAGCAAGACCCUUCCCACUUUGUCAGUAUCCAGUUGGAUAGGGUCUUAAUCAAUGAGCAUUGGAUGAAAGCUUUUAGCUUUUCUUAUGCUAAUUUUCCCACUCCUGGGGUUACUAAUCACUCCCCAGCUAUUGUGUGCAUCUCACCUAGUCCUACGAAUUCCCCUAAACCCUUUAAAUUUUUUGACUUUCUGGCGGAUCAUCCUCAGUUCCUAACAGUAGUUCAGAAAGUUUGGAGGAGAGUGAUCCUUGGGAAUCUCAUGUUUUGUGUACGUGAGAAACUCAAAUUUCUGCAAAAAGAGCUUAAGCAACUCAACAUCAGAGAGUUUAGUGAUAUCUCUAAAAGGGUUGUUGAAUCUAGACAACAGCUUGAGAUUCUGCAAAGAGAAUUGGGAUCUCCACCUUCUAAUCCUUCCAUCAUAAGCCAGGAAAGAGUUGUACAUAGGCAACUCCUCACAUUAUUAAGGGCCGAGGAAAGCUUGGCCAAGCAAAAAUCAAGAAUUCAAUGGCUUAAACUCGGGGACCAAUGUACUUGUUAUUUCUUUAAAGCUGGGCAUUCUAGGAUUCACCAGGUAAUCAGAAAGAAGCUAACUGAUAGUCAAAAGGUUGCCAUGAUUGCUGAGGUUUCUGACCUUGAAAUUAAGGACACCUUUUGGUCCCUUAAUCCUACCAAUGCCCCUAGUCCUGAUGGUUAUAAUGCUGGGUUUUUCAGGAAAGCUUGGCCUAUUAUUGGUUAUAAGGUCACUGCAGCCGUCAAAACCUUCUUUAGGUCUGGCCAGCUGCUUACAAAGGCAAAUUCUACCCUUGUUGCACUUGUUCCUAAGGUUCCUAAUCCAUCCAAAGUUGGGGACUUUAGGCCCAUUUCUUGUUGUUUUGUUAAAGGCAGGAAGAUUGCUGAUAAUAUUUACCUUACUCAAGAGCUCAUGAAAGGGUACCAUAAAUCAUCAUCCACUCCUAGGUGUGCUAUGAAGGUAGACAUUAUGAAGGCAUAUGAUAAUGUUAGAUGGGAAUACCUAUGGGAUGUCCUCUCUUCCAUGAACUUCCAUCCCACAAUGAUUAAGUGGCUUCAGGCUUGUGUUACCACUGCCAAUUAUUCUCUCAGCAUCAAUGGGGAAGUCACUGGUUACAUUAGAGGGAAAAAAGGACUAAGACAAGGGGAUCCUUUGUCCUCUUACCUAUUCGUAAUUGUGAUGGAAGUUCUCACUUGUAUUAUGAGAGAGAAAUCCCUUCUCCCUGGUUUUCAUUAUCAUUGGAGAUGUGGCCGUACCAAUUUGAUCAACCUUUGCUUUGUUGAUGAUCUUAUGAUCUUUUGCAAGGGGGAUCUAACCUCAAUUAAUCAUAUCCAGAGUGCUCUCUCUGAGUUUCAGACUUUAUCAGAACUCUCACCUAGCCCUGGAAAAAGUAGUAUCUAUUUCUCUGGGGUUAACACAACCACUAGAUUGGCAAUCUUAGAGGUUUUAGGCUUCAAAGAAGGCACACUGCCUGUCAGAUAUCUUGGGGUGCCACUUCUUUCCACUAAACUCAAAGCCUCUGACUGCCAGCGUCUAGUUGAUAGCAUUGUUGCUAAAACUAAGACAUGGACAAACAAGGACCUCACAUAUGCUGGUAGGGUUCAGUUGAUCGAGAAUGUCCUCUUCUCCAUUCAAACAUAUUGGUCUUCCUUGUUCAUAAUUCCUAAAAAGGUGAUUAAGGAAGUAGAGUCAAUUCUUAGAGCAUUUCUUUGGUCAGGCCCUAAUCUUAGGAAAAUUGGUGCUAAGGUCUCUUGGGAGCACCUGUGUGCCCCUAAGCAGGACGGUGGCCUUGGUUUCAAGUCCAUGCAAGUGUGGAAUAAGGCAGCCAUUGCCAAACGCAUUUGGGUGAUAGGGAAUGGUCAUUCCACUUCCCUGUGGUAUGACAACUGGCAUCCUUUUGGCCCCUUGAUAGACAGAGUUGGUUCCGGAAUUGCUUAUGACUCUGGAAUCCCCAAGGAUGCUAUGGUGUCCUACCUCAUUCAUAACUCAACUUGGGCAUUUCCUACUACCCAAAUGUUUGAACUAAAUGAGGUCAGAAGAACCCUACCUCCUUUAGUACCUACCAGACUAAGUGGGUCUGAUCACUCCAAAUGGACCCUCUCUCCCAAUGGUCAGUUCUCAAUUGCUUCAUUUUGA